AGUUAAAUUGCUUUCUCCCCGUUAUACAUACUCAACCCUCGUCUGAGCCAGCACACACUUGGCGGAGCGCAUUGUCAUGGAUCAGAAUCACAAGCAGGAGGAGCAGAACGAUUUGUACGCCGGCUUCAGCGCGGCGUACAAAUCGUUCGCCACAGAAGCAAUUCACAUCGGUCAGGAACCGGAGCAAUGGAAAUCAAUGGCUGUGGUGCCGCCGAUUUCUCUGUCUACCACGUUCAAGCAGCACGGACCAGGAAACCAUGCUGGCUUUGAAUACAGCCGGAGUGGAAACCCAACAAGAAACUGUCUUGAGAAGGCCGUGGCUGCUUUGGAUGGGGCAAAGUAUUGCAUUGCAGUUGCCUCGGGGUUGGCAGCCACAGUUACUAUCACUCACAUGCUCAAGACGGGUGACGGAAUCGUCUGCAUGGACGACGUGUACGGAGGUACAAACCGCUACUUCCAAAGAAUUGCAUGUGAAAGUGGUCUGGAGGUGUCUUUUGCUGACUGUACAAAACCAGAGCUGCUGAAGGCUGCUCUGAAAGCCAACACUAAACUGGUGUGGAUUGAGACACCCAGCAACCCCACAAUGAAGGUUGUGGACAUCAAGGCCUGUUCUCAGGUGGCCCAUGAAUACAACAAAGACAUUGUGGUGGUUGUGGACAAUACCUUCAUGUCUGCCUACUUCCAGCGCCCCUUGGCUUUGGGAGCUGAUGUCUGCAUGUAUUCAGCUACCAAAUACAUGAACGGUCACAGUGACGUGGUGAUGGGUCUGGCCUCAAUGAACCGAGAUGAUCUGUAUGAACGACUGAAGUUUCUGCAAAAUGCUCUGGGCUGUGUACCGUCUCCCUUUGACUGCUUCCUGUGUAACCGAGGACUGAAGACGCUACACCUGCGGAUGGAGCGUCAUUUCAAGAACGGCAUGGCUGCUGCAAAGUUUCUGGAGGCAGAUCCCAGAGUGGAGCGGGUCAUUUUUCCAGGCCUGCCCUCUCACCCCCAGCAUGAAGUGGUGAAGAGACAAUGCACCGGAUGUCCGGGGAUGAUCACCUUCUACAUUAAAGGGAAACUCGAGCACGCCAACGCCUUCCUCAGUAACCUCAAAUUAUUUGCGAUCGCUGAGAGUCUUGGUGGUUAUGAAAGUUUAGCAGAACAUCCGGCGAUCAUGACCCAUGCAUCAGUGCCAGAACAAGAGAGGAUUGACCUGGGGAUCAGUGACACACUCAUCCGACUGUCUGUGGGUCUGGAGGAUGAGGAAGACAUCAUAGAAGACCUGAGACAAGCGCUGGCUGCAGCUCACCCAAAGACAAAAUGAAAAGUCUACGGGACGUGCUCCAGGCUGAGUUUGGAGUCGGUCUAAGUCAGUAAGAAGUACCUGAAGUCUCAAGUCAUCGCAGAUCAACACUUGCUACUUAAAUUCACCGCACAAACAGCAGAGAUUAAACUAUCAGGAAACAACUUGUUCUUUACAAAAUACAAAUUAUGCUUUCUGUGUCAAUUUUUACAUGAUUGUUUUGAUGGCUAUUUUACUCAAACAUUAGUUGUAAUCUUAUUCAUCUGCUGGGUUUGAUACGUUUAAUGUUUUUAUUUAAGUUUUGUUUGGAGGGACAUUACUUACUAGGCGUAUUACUAUUCAAUAAAGACUUAUACUCUAUAAGUUACUGCAGGAAAAACACCAAACUCUAUUUUCAUGUAUAAUCUUGCUAUACAACUUGUGUACUUCAGGCUGAAUCUUAGUUUUGGUGCAGACAACGGUCUCCAAAUGUCACUGCCCUGUUAACAACUGCAGCUGUAAUCUGUAUUAAUCAUUUCCUAAUUCUGGCUUGCAUAAUGUUCUUUGUAAUGCUGCCACCUACUCAAGUCAGAAAUAUUUUCUCUUUACUGUGAACCUCUGCGCAAAGAUUUAAGAGUCUUUUCAGACUCAUUUAAAUUAUUAAGAACAAACAAUCUUCAUUCAAACAUGAUGAAUAGAAAUCUUGUAUUUGGUUAUAGAAUAUUAAUGAUUGAUAUAAUGCUUCAUUAAGUAUAUGCCUUGUCCUGAAGAGGAGAGGUAUCCUAUUUCCCACAUUUGAAGCUAAUCAAGACAUUUGCCAAUAAAUGGAGUAUUCGGUAAGCAUGUGCCUUGUUAGGUGCAGAAUUUCAGAAAAGUUAAAUGUUUUUAAUACCAACAACUGAAGAAUGUUACAGAAAUAUUUGUCCUGAAUGGUUCUCAUGAUUAAGAAGCAUUUGAUGUGUAUUCUUGAACUUGUGUCUUGGUCCGCGACCAAAGCAACAUUUCCCCCAGGUCAGGGCUCAUGCCCCCCCCACCACACCCUACCUUCCACAUCGCUACCAAAGAAUACACUUCAUUUAGGACAGACCACUCACAAUCAAUGUCGGUUAUGUAACUGAGAAAUCCAUUAAAAUCAGUUUGCAGUACAA